AAUUUUUGCAGAAACUUCAGCAUGGUCAAUUGCUUGAGUGUUGAAUUUUUUUCCAAAACAAACCCAUUCCGUCCACAUUUCUUCUCAAUUUUCUCUAUUUUUCCACGUGAUUUCCCGGAGAUUUGCACACUCUAUCGCUGCCCAAUGUGCUUUUCAAUUAGAUAGCGCAAAUAGUGAGAUGAUAGUGCGAAGAAAGGCAAUAAUUCUUUGUGUUGUUGUAAUGCUUCCGCCCCUGUGAAUUAACACAAAAAUUCAAAAAAUGCAAAACAGAAUAUUUAUCGCUUUUGUGACAAUCGGCAUUCUCCUGGCCAGCGCCCAUGCCGACAGCUAUGUGGGAUGCUUCAAGAGGAACUUCCGUAACUUCAAUACCAAUGCGCAUGUUGGCACAGCCACGGAGUGUGCUGAAAAAUGCCAAGAAAUCUUCUACAAGUAUGCCGUGAUCCAGAGUACUUCCUGUGCAUGCACAAACACCCAUCCCAAUGAGAGAUUGGACGCAGAGAAAUGCAGCAUACGCUGCAGUAAGAAUUCCGAGCAAUUCUGUGGCGGGGAAGAUGUGGAGAGUUACUAUGAGACAAAUCUCAAAGUUCCGGGGCCACCACGGCAUCUCAGGAUGGACUUGGAUACUGUUAAAAAUACCUCCUUCACCAUUAUGUGGGAUCCACCGGAAGCGAGUACCUUGGUGAUGGAGUAUGCAAUCAAUGCGUACCCCAUUCACACGUAUGCCAUUGGGGGGAUGCUGAGUCAUGUUGGAUGGAGGGUGGAACGUGGUGAGAAUCAACAGGAACUUGUGGAACUUCAUCCUGCCACGCGGUACAAUGUCACAGUGACAAGCAUCGCGGCAGCAGGUGUGGGAGGAAUGGCGUGGAUUCUGGGUGAAACACGUGUCGGUGUACCCAGUUUAGCCCCACCUGAACCCAAGAUACUCGCAAGGGACGAACGGACAAUCACAAUUGAGAUAAAUCCCAUUGAAAAUGGCAAUGGACCCAUUAAUUUCUAUCGCGUUGUCGUUGUUUUUGCCAAUUACGGUCUCAUUCAGAACUUCGAUCUGGCCCUCCUGAAGGACUACCGGGGAUCACGUGAAGAUGGUACGCAGUACUAUGUCACAGCUGAGCUGGAUCUCAAGAAUAUGAGUAGAAUAUUCCGCGUGGGAGAUGGUGAGAACUACCGGGGCUUCUACAAUGCCCCCCUUCCGGAAAAUAGUCAUGUUCACAUUAAAAUUGGCGUAGUUAGUACCCUCAGUGGGGUCACAACAUAUCGCUACAGCGAUGAUUCCCACGAUCAGCAUGACAAUAUUGCCUCAGAUGAGUCUGAAGAUGCAGAUGAUGAUUCCAGCACAAUGAUUGCUAUCCUGACAACAGCCUGCAUCAUUUUGGGACUUCUCCUGAUUGGAUCAGUGGUCAUGUACUUCUAUUUGAGAAAGAGACUGACAUCAACUCGAAGGCGGUUCACAGAUGUCCAUGAAUUGACCCUUCAAGGACCAAUUGUGGAAAUUGAAAAUAACGGAUUUAUUGGAGACGAACUCGACAGAGGCAACUUUCAGGAGCAGCUAAAACUUCUCAUGGACAAGGUAUCGUCCUCGCAGAAAAUCCCCAGGAAUAUUCUAUCAAUGGAAAUUGAUAAUAUUCUGGGUACUGGACGCUUUGGGGACGUUAUUCAGGGUCGUGUGAAUACCAUUGGGGACUUUCAUCAGUGCCACAUUCAUGUUGUCUCAGACGACAUGGAACAACACGAUCAGAGCCUCUUUAUCAAGGAAUUCGAUCAAAUUCUCCGUGUGACCCCACAUAGAUCACUUCUCAAUUUCCUCGGAGUCUGCCAGACCAGCGAUUGGCUCUACGUCAUCUUCGAGGGGUGCAGCAUGAAUCUCAAGAAGCGCCUCGUGGAUUCACGUUUACCGCCAAAUUUUAAUCCCCAACGAAUGACUUCGCUCUCGGAGGAAUUCGUCCUUCGUACCCUUUGCGACAUUUGCGAUGCCAUGGAGUACCUUUCAGCCAAUAAGAUUGUGCACAGGCAGCUAUGUGCCCACAAUGUGAGCCUCACGGUGGAUGAUGAGGCGAAAUUAUCCAUUUUUGGUCCAACACUCUUCACGGAGGAGAAUAAAAUCAUUGAUCUGACACGCUUCCAACCGCCGGAGGUACUUAAAUUCCAAAAUUACUCCUCAGCAAGUGAUGUGUGGUCAUUUGGGUGCCUCAUGUGGGAAUGCUGUACUGUUGGUGGUACACUCUUCCCAAGUGUUCCAGCUGUUGAUCUCCUGGGACGCCUGAAGAAUGGUGUCCGCCCGGAGCAGACGCCCUUCCUCUUUGACGACCUCUACCAGCUAAUGCUGAAUUGCUGGCAGCUUGACUCCCGCGAAAGGGUCACCUUCACCGAAAUCGCCAAUUCUCUCCAUCAAAUGGUGGCCACAUCACCGAGGCAUGUUCUGGAUUUCGACAGGAGGAAUCGUGUUACCCUACCGUACUACCUGCCUCUGCUGGAAAUCAAAAAUUAGACCCAUUCUAUGCAUUCCACAUUUACCAAUUCCCAUGCCGUCCGGAGGAUCUCUCUCACACACACUUCCCGCAUGAAUCUCAAGGAGCAUUCCACGGUAUUUUUUUGUGCAUUUUUUAUUACUUCUAAAAAAAUAUAUUAUACUUUUACUGAAUAAAGACGCGACAGAGUUCAAAAUCAA